AAUCAGCACUGCGAAUGGGCAUCGACGUGGCUCGCAGCUGGCUCUUUGCGAAAUUCUUCGCUUUCAGGACCCACAAAAGCCAUCUGCACAGUCGUCGUCUUCCUCAGCGCGAGCAGUCUCGACGAGUAAACGCGCCGCUGUGCAGCAGCUUUGUCCACGUUGGCUAACACACUCUCUGCCAAUGCAAGUAGGAGUGUCAUACCAGAAGCCAAAGAAGAUACCCUGCAUCGGUUCGACAAUCGUCGCUCGAAAAGGAGACGGGGGUCGAGAGGAAAAGAAGGAAGAGCUAAGUGAAGAGAGACGGCUCAAAGUCACAUACACACGCUACGCACAGCUUGCUUCCUCUCAAGAUGGAUGUCUACUGCCUAGCUUUCACAUUCCCCAAGGCCGGUGGGCCGUUUGACGUCCCCAUAGAUGGUAGCUCAAACAUUACCCUGCCCGGGCCUGGCUCCGCCUCGACAGUAGGUGAUGGGCAUGCAUCUCAGCAGAUGUCAGCGGCGCCGACGCCGACGACAUCUGUUGCUGCUGCGAUGGGGAUGGGCUUCGACCUGCAACAGCUGAAUCACCCUUCAUUGAACGCUGCACGAGAACUUGUCGGGUCGCACGCUCAAAGCCAAGAGCCUGCCAACAUGCCCGCAACAGCAGCUGGCGCUGAGGACGAUAAAUCUUCAGCUGCACGUGCGCAGCAGCAGGGCCACCAGCAGCCUCCAUCAUCGGCCUCAAGACAGCAACAGCCUCGCAAGGAUUCUGCUGCAUCCACAUCAGGCAACCGCGCAACUAGCGCCCUCGGCAACGGCUUCAGUUCCAUGCGUUCUAGGUUCCCGCCGAGCGUCAAGGCUUUUAUGCCGAGCGCGUUCGGCGGGAGCAAGCGCACGAACGACCGGAUCCUCGAGGGCGUCACUUCGGCUGGCGAGCGGUCUGCUGAAGGCGAGGGCGAAUGCGAGCAAAAUGCCACUGCAGCUGCUCCUGCGCAGGAGCAGGCGGCUGCAGCAGAGGGCAACAGCAAGCCACCCGCACCUGCCAACGGCGAAGCAGCGCCGUCUCCCUUCUCAGCGGCGCACCUGAUGUCCGGAGCAUCCGGUGAAGACGAAAGGGUCGAUCGGUCUUCGGCCCCACCUGGACUCGAUAAGGCAGUGGGUGGCGCUUCCUCUCUGCGCGACUCAUCUCCACCCGGUGGCCCAGCCUUCAGCCGGGUUCCCGGUGCCGGUGCCGUUUCGGGCUACAACAACCGGGACAGUCGCUCGACUGUCGGCACUGGCGGCCGCCUGUCGUUCGACCAGACCUCUUCCUCCACAUCCUUUUCCACCGACAGCGUCACUAACUUUGGCCAAUUCGGCUCUGGCGCUGGUAGCGUCGGUGGAAGCAGGAGCCGAAGGCACUACAGCUCUGAGCCGACCAGCGUUUCUCACUCGGCAGCUAAUUCGCUGUCCGUGCCAGGCGGACCUGGGUUCUCUUCAUCAGCAGCAACAGCGGCGGUAGGAACUUGGGCAGGGGCAAACAAAAGCGGUCCGUCAGAUCUUGAAGAUUCGAUUUUCCGCCUGGCUAGCGAUGUCAUGAGCACCCAUCAAUGUCUCGUGUCCGUCACUGAUGUGCAGCCCGAGCCUCAAGCAAACGUGCAAGGCAGCAGCCCAGCGAUAGUGUCGACAUCCGGCUCGCUCUACACGCCGAGUCAUAAAAACCAUCUCUCUUCCUCUUCGGUCUUAUCAGCAUCCAUGCCCUCUCUCCUCCCUUUCCCCUCUUCCACGACCCCUUCGCAAGGCUCUGCGCCCCUUCCGCACCCGAGCAUGGGUUCCGGCGGCUCCAGCUCCAGACCCAGCGCGGGCUACCCGUACCAGCACCAUCAGAUCCAGCCAAUCAUGCUGAGCGAUGCGAAGCUCGGCUCUAGCAGCGCCAGCAUCGGCCCCGUAGGCGGCGCCUCCGCCUCCGCUCCGCGAGGCAGUCCCUUCCCCAGCGGGUUUGGGCUCACGCUUUCCGGGCCGGGCAGCGCCAGCAACCUCUCUCUUGCCUCGUCCUUGACUGGACAGUCACCUUCUUUUGGCGGUAAUACGUACCAGAAUGGCGUCUUUGGUUACAGCCCUGCAGCAGCAACUGGAACUGGCGCUGCAGCAUCUGGCAACGUCGGUAAUGGCAAUGGCAAUGCCCAAAAUGCAGCUGGUGCUCAAGCCUCAGGAGCUGCCGCUGCCGUCGCGCCGAAGUACUGCUUCUUUCUCUCUGGUGGCUACCAACAGGUCAUGGCUGCACGCGGUGCGGUGCUGCGCGACCAUCCAUUCCAGACGCAAUCGCGCGCCAAGGUCCCCAUGGCGGAGCUUCUUGACACGGUAUCCGCCGCAGCGACCCUUCCAGGUGGGCCAUCCAAAUCUAACGGCGCUGACGCAAGCAAUGGUGCUGCGAGCGGGGGUACGAUCGAAGUGCUCAAGCCGGAGGUGCGCAAGCGGCUGGAUGAAAUUGCCGCUCUGACGCACGCGCAUAUCGCCAUCGUAAGCCAUGAGAGCCGAGGUGUCGAGUUGGGAUACGGUCUAGAGACGGAGAGGAACGUUGAGCUAGUGAUCACUGGCUCAGUGGAGAGCAUUGAAUUGGCGCGGGUGCGGCUUUUGGUUUUCCUCGACGAGCUCAACGGCCUACACUCUGAAGCAUGCGAGCUGGACUACAAGCUUCACAAUAUCAUUGGCGGGAGAAAGCGUUGCGUGAUCCAGACCAUCCAGGAAGAGACGGCCGCCAACAUCUACUUCCCGUCCUGUUUCUCGGGCGUUCUCGGACCGUCGGCGAAUGGUGAUCUGCUCGCGCAACAAAACACGGUGUACAUCACCGGAGAGUACUUUAGCGUGCAGCGUGCGCGCGACAUGCUCUUCCAAGUCUCGCUGCACAAGAGCAAGUGCAUCAUCUCGCGCGACACGGCCAUUCUGCCGCGCAAGCUUGACUGGCUGCUCACGGAGAGGAUGGACGAACUAAAGACGAUCGUAACGGACAACGGCACGUUCAUCAGUUUCCCGCCCUUGGGCAUGCAGUCAAGCUUGAUCACCGUCUUUGGGGACAAUCGCGUAUCCAUCGAGCGCACCAUCCGCUCCGUCAUGGCCCUCGUUUCGCAGUACUACGUCGCUUCCAUCUGGCUGAUCCCAACAGGCUUUGACGUCUUCAUGGCUCAGCAGAUGCUCAAUGUGGCGCAGGUGACUCCUGCACUCAAGCAUAUCAGCACCACCUCUGGUGCCGAGCUAGUCUUCAAGUCAAACUGCUUCGAGGUGCACGGCUUGGAGGGCGAAGUCCGAUCCGCCGUUGCACAGCUGCUUGACCUGGACCUCGUCAAGCCGUUCAACUUUGAGGUGCGCUUCCAGAUCGAGCUUGCCAGCGAGCACCGUGAUUUUAUCAGCGGCAAGAAAAACGGUAAGAUCAACAAGAUCAUGAAGCAGUGUAAUGCUAGGAUCAAGUUCGAGACCUUCAACGAGUACAACUUCCUCAUCGACGUGUCUGGCAACGACCGCACGAGCGCACUGCAAGGGCUCAGCUUCUUGCAGGAGGAGCUGCCUGCAGAAAUCUCCUUCCACGUUCCAGAGGCGUACCACAAACGCAUUAUUGGUGUCGGCGGCAAGAACAUCCAGCGCAUUAUGAAAAAGUACGGCGUCUAUGUCAAAUUCUCGAACGCUGAAGAAUUUGCGGCACUGGGCGGCUACUUUGACAACGAGGACAAUGUCGUCGCGAGGACGCCAGCGAAGAACGCAAUCAAUCUGGAGCACCUCAAGCAAUCAGUCAUGGAGAUGGUCAGCCCCAAAGACAAAGACUACACGCUCGAGACGAUCCCGAUCGCACGUCGUUACCAUCGCACACUUUUGGGGGAGAAGGGCGUUUUCUUGCGCGACAUUGAGAGCAAGACAAGCACUGCCAUCCGCUUCCCGCCGUGCGAAACCGCAUCGGACCUUGUAUCCAUCUUCGGACCCGAAUCGCAGCUGCACAUCGCGGCGCAGAUGCUACUAGAGCACGUCCCAUUCGAGGCCGAAUUCCGCACUCCGUCGUCACACAACUUGGCGCCAGUUAUCAGCUCGCCAGAGUUCUCUGUCUUGCUGGAGCACAUCAGGCAGGAGCUUAACAUUCGCAUCGUCCCUGUGGCACCCCGCCCAGGCAGUGAAGAGGGCAUUUUCAAGCUGCGUUUGAACCGGUCAAACUGCGACUACCUGCCGGCGGCGAGAGAUCUUCUUGAGGACUUUUUAAUCAGCCGCAAUGUCUCGGUCUAUGCCACUGCGCUCGAGUCACGGGCACGCUCCGACUCGUUCGCAUCUUCCCUUCCGCAUUUUGCUACCAAGCUCAUUGCGCCAGCUGCCGCUGAGUCUGUCGAGUCCUUCCAGGAGGCGGCUCGCAACCAUGAGCGGCGCUUGCGGGCUGCCGCUUCCACACCCGACGUCAAGGCGCUCUUCGAUGAUCCGCGGCCAACACACCACGUGCACAGCUCAAGUCAGCAGAUUCAAAGGCCCGCUUUCAGCAGCUCUUCUGCUCAUCCGUCGCCGUACCUUGACCGGGUCACCGGGUUCGGCAGUGAGGUUUGGGGUCCUCCGACACCUAUGACGUCGCAGUCGAUCGCACCUACGCCGAAUACUGCCGUCGGAUCGAACGGCGUGCAAUUCCCCCACCACCAUCCUUUCAGCAACGCCGAGAUGGCCCACCGCAGGGUCCCUUCUAGCGCCAGUUUCAACCAGGUGCGCGCCUCGGACGCUUCGCACUUUGGCUGGCCAAAGCAGGGCAGCGAAGGCGCACAGAUGUAUGAGGACCGAAUCGCGUCGCUCCGCAAGCCUCGCACCUUUAGCAACCGUGCGCAGUCACUGGACAUUGGAGCGUUGACGGCGCAACAAGCGCAAGCGGCAUCUGUGCUGCGCCCGUACGGUGCUCAGAUGAUUACCUUUGGAGGCGCGCACGGCGGAAACAAUCCUCAUCAGUAUGGCCACGGGGCACAGCAAUCCAUCUCCCGACUGCCCCCAGCGUCAACUGGAGUGGGCAUUCCAGCUUCCGACACGAUGGCUGAGGUCUCUCGAGUACUCUCGAGCUGGAGCUUGGAGCGCUAAUGCGACCUUCCAGCCUCAUACGACGACACUCUGCAAAACAGACUUCCCGGAAACCACAUACACGUCUCUCCCCUGCAGCAUACUGUGACACCAAAUACGCAUACAAGCUGUC